AAAUACCGCUACCAGGAUGAAGAUACACCUCCACAGGAGCACAGCUCUCCGCACAUUACCAAUGAGGUGACGGGUCCAGAGCUGGUUCAUGUAUCAGAGAAGAAUCUGUCACAGAUUGAGAAUGUCCAUGGAUUUGUUUCCCAUUCUCAUAUUUCACCAGUAAAGCCCACAGAAGCUGUUCCUUCCUCUUCUCCCAUUGUCCCUGUGAUCCCUGUCCCACCAGUCCCUGCUGAGACCACUGUCAUCCCAUCCACCAUACCACAGGCAAACCCCCCUCCAGUGCUGGUGAAUACGGAUUCUUUGGAGACUCCAACAUACGUCAAUGGCACAGAUGCAGAUUAUGAGUAUGAAGAAAUUACUCUUGAAAGGGGAAAUUCAGGACUUGGCUUUAGCAUUGCAGGUGGUACAGACAACCCACAUAUUGGGGAUGAUUCGAGUAUUUUUAUUACAAAAAUUAUAGCCGGGGGUGCAGCUGCACAGGAUGGAAGAUUACGGGUUAAUGAUUGUAUUCUACGAGUAAAUGAGGUGGAUGUUCGUGAUGUGACACACAGUAAAGCAGUUGAAGCAUUGAAAGAAGCGGGAUCAAUUGUACGAUUGUAUGUCAAAAGAAGAAAACCAGUCACAGAAAAAAUAGUGGAAAUCAAACUUGUGAAAGGGCCUAAAGGUCUUGGUUUCAGUAUUGCUGGUGGCGUGGGAAAUCAGCAUAUACCUGGAGACAACAGCAUCUAUGUAACCAAAAUCAUUGAAGGUGGGGCAGCGCAUAAAGAUGGCAAGCUUCAGAUUGGAGACAAACUUUUAGCUGUGAACAGUGUUUGCUUAGAAGAAGUUACUCAUGAAGAAGCAGUGACUGCCUUAAAAAACACAUCUGAUUUUGUUUAUCUGAAAGUUGCAAAACCCACCAGCAUGUUCAUGAAUGACAGUUACGCCCCUCCUGACAUCACAAACU